ACAGUCGCAAACGUGAAACAUGUGCUGAAAUAAUCCAAACAUGCUGAAAAUACUAGGACUAGGAACGAUUAGAAACUACUCUAUCUCAACACCCAUCAGUAAAUUCGACAAGAAGACAUUGCCUUACGAAAUAUUAUCUCAUAAAUUGAAAAUCGUACGGGAAAAACUAAAACAACCCCUCACUUUAGCAGAAAAAAUCCUUUAUUCCCACUUGGACUCGCCAGAAGACCAAGAAAUCGAGAGAGGUAAGAGCUAUCUGAGACUCAGGCCAGACAGAAUAGCCAUGCAGGAUGCCACAGCUCAAAUGGCGGUAUUACAGUUCAUCUCCAGUGGUCUUCCUAAGGUUGCUGUUCCCACAACCAUACACUGCGAUCAUCUCAUACAAGCUCAGAAGAAUGCGGCUAGCGAUCUGAAGAGAUCUCUCGAAUUGAGCAAAGAAGUCUUUGAUUUUUUAGGCUCAGCAUCUCAGAAAUACGGAAUCGGUUUCUGGAAACCUGGCGCUGGAAUCAUACAUCAGAUAUUUUUAGAAAACUAUGCUUUUCCAGGUCUACUGAUGGUCGGGACGGAUUCUCACACUCCGAAUGGUGGGGGAUUAGCUGGACUUUGCGUUGGAGUUGGUGGUGCAGACGCUGUUGAUGUCAUGGCAAAUAUUCCUUGGGAAGUCAGAUGUCCUAGAUACUUCGGGAUAAGGCUCAAAGGCAGACCUUCAGGUUGGACUUGCCCAAAAGACAUCAUUCUCAAUUUGGCUGGUAUUUUGACCGUUAAAGGUGGCACAGGAGCUAUAUUAGAGUACUUCGGUCCAGGCACCGAAGAAAUUUCAGCAACAGGUAUGGCCACGAUAUGCAAUAUGGGAGCUGAACUUGGAGCCACUACCUCUGUAUUUCCUUACAAUGACAGAAUGAGGAAUUAUCUAAAAGCUACUGGGAGGGGUGACAUAGCUAAAGUUGCCGAUAAAUACGAAAAAGAACUAUUAAGCCCAGAUGAAAAUUGUAAAUACGAUAUAGUCAUAGAUAUAGACCUAGAUAAGCUUGAACCACACGUGAAUGGUCCUUAUAGUCCAGAUAGAGUAAACCUAAUAAGUAGACUGCGACAUAAUGCCAAACACCGUAAGUGGCCGAUAAAGAUCAAGAACGCUCUGAUUGGUUCUUGUACCAACAGUUCUUAUGAAGAUAUGACACGAUGCGCCAGUUUGGUAAGGGAAGCUCUAAGCCAUGGAGUCAAAGCAAAAAUUCCUUUCUACGUCACACCUGGAUCGGAACAAAUCAGAUUAACAAUGGAAAGAGAUGGCCUUAUAGAAUUAUUCACUGAGUUUGGAGGCACAGUUUUAGCGAACGCCUGUGGUCCUUGCAUAGGCCAAUGGGAUAGGCAAGACGUUAAGAUGGGUCAGAAAAAUACGAUCAUCUGCUCAUAUAAUAGGAACUUUAGCGGCAGAAACGAUUUAAAUCCUGGUACCCAUUCCUUCUUAGCUUCCCCAGAAAUUGUUACAGCUAUGAGUAUGGAAGGAACUCUCAAGUUCGACCCUACGAAAGAUAUGCUGACGGAUAAGAGCGGCAAAAAAUUUCUUUUAUCGCCACCAAGUGGAUUCGAGUUUCCACCAAUGGGUUUCGCGAAGGGCAGUUCAAAUUUAUACGUUGAACCUGCGGAUAACGCUGAAUCCCUUCAAGUUAAAAUCGAUCCAUCCUCUAAGAGAUUGUGUUUAUUGGAACCUUUCGCAAGGUGGGAUGGCAAAGAUAUGUUAGACAUGCUGAUACUGAUCAAAAUCAGGGGAAAGUGUACAACUGACCAUAUUUCCCCUGCAGGACCUUGGUUGAACUACAGAGGGCACUUGGACAACAUCUCCAACAACCUUUUCAUUGGAGCCAUAAACGAAGAAAAUGGUCAGAUGAAUUUGGUGAAAAACAGGUUGACUGAUGAAUGGGAUGCCAUUCCGAAUGUAGCCAGGCAUUACAAAGCGAAUAAGAUCAGUUGGGUGGUUAUUGGUGAGGAUAAUUAUGGUGAAGGGAGUUCCAGAGAACACGCGGCCUUAGAACCGAGACACCUAGGUGGCAAAGCCAUAAUAGUGAAGUCUUUCGCAAGAAUUCACGAAACCAACCUGAAAAAGCAAGGACUACUUCCCCUGACGUUCAACAAUCCAUUGGAUUAUGAUGCUAUUCUGCCUUCUGACAAAAUAAGUCUGAUUGGACUUGCAGGUUUAAGCCCAGGUAAGGAUGUAGAGUGCAUCAUAAAACAUAAGGAUGGGAAAGAAGAGACAAUCAGUUUAAGUCAUAGCAUGAAUAAAGUUCAAAUCAGUUGGUUCAAGGCCGGAAGUGCUCUCAAUAAAAUGAAAGAGACUACUCGUACCUAGAUUGACCAGAAUACUUUUAAGAUAUGUAAAGUGCCGAAAUAAAUAUUAAAUUGAC